GCGCAGGCGCAUUGUCGGUGUGCGAGGAAGCGGAGUGAACGGCCAUGGCGAAUGAGAAAUAUCUGCCCGAACUUAUGGCGGAGAAGGACAGUCUGGACCCGUCCUUCGUCCAUGCAAGCAGGUUACUGGCUGCAGAAAUAGAAAAGGUUCAGAAGGGAGAGAAAAAAGAGGAAGAAAAGAGAUUCCUUGAUGUUUUGACACAGAAGAACAUAAAGCUUUCUGAACGUUGCCUGAUACCUGUUGCACAAUUCCCGAAGUUCAACUUUGUGGGGAAGCUGCUUGGACCUAGAGGAAAUUCAUUGAAGAGGCUGCAAGAAGAUACUGGCACAAAAAUGUCCAUCCUUGGGAAAGGUUCAAUGCGAGAUAAGUCCAAGGAAGAUGAGCUUCGUAAAGGAGGAGAAGCUAAGUAUGCACACUUGAACAGUGAUCUGCAUGUUCUUGUUGAAGUCUUUGCACCCCCAACCGAAGCCUAUUCACGAAUGUACCAUGCCAUGGAGGAGCUCAAAAAAUUCCUUAUUCCUGAUUACAAUGAUGAAAUAAGACAGGAGCAGUUGACUGAGCUGGCAUAUUUGAAUGGUGGGCAAGAAGCAUCCCGUGGGAGAGGUGUACGUGGCCGUGGAGCUCCACCUGUACCACUUGCCAGGGGCCGUGGUGCAGCACCACCACUUUCUGCAUCUCAGUAUGGACCACGAAGUGCAAUAACACGUGGGGCAACUGUGAGAGGAGCACCUGGAGGACGCAGGGAAGUAGCAAGUGGACGUGGUGCCACAUCAGUGCAGAGGGGUGCCCCAGCACCUCGCACCCGUGGAGCACCUUCAGCAUACAGACCGGCACUGCACCCUCCUCCUGCUCAGGAAAGCUAUGAUGAAUAUGGUUAUGAUGAUGGAUAUGCAGAGCAGAGUUAUGACAGUUACGAAAACUAUUAUGACCAAUCCCAGGGUGAUGCUGAAUACUUUGACUAUGGACAUGGAGAAGUGCAGGAAACUUAUGAAGAUUAUGGGCAGGAGGAUUGGAAUGCAGGGCGAGCAAGCCUGAAGGCACCAGCAAGAUCGUUGAAGGGAAUGUACAGAGAUCAUCCUUAUGGGAGAUAUUAAAGCUGGCUCUGACCAUGUGUCCAUCCUUAUAAAUUGCUUCAAUCUUCUGUGGUCACCAUCUUGUUAUCAACUGUGAGACAAGUAAUAGUCCAUUUGUUUUCUACUCUGGACAUUUACUGGGGAGACUGGUUUAUGUACAUGUUUAGAUAAUUAAAACUAAUGGUAGUGCAAGUCUGGCAUGAUAUGUUUCAAUAAAUUAGAGGGCAGCAAAUUCCAGCUAAACCCAUAUGAUUAGAAUGCUUUGUUUUUGUUUUUAUACUGUUGACGCAGCUGUCAAUUUACAUGUACCUGUAAAGAUGGCAUCUAUUUGCCAUUUGAAUUUCAUUCUGCUGUGUGGGUAUUUUUAGACUUGUUUACCAUGACUUCUGUUGAUUACGAACAAUGUUUAAAUGAUCUUCAAAGUUGCAGAAUCCCAUUGGAUUACAUGAGCUGCAUUUUAAAUCUGUCAAAUUAAACCUUCACAUUCCGUUCAUCCUCGGCUUCCUUAACACAUUGAAUUAUAUUAGAAAUGUUUGGUUUUUUUUAAAGUUUCUGGGGCUCUGUAAAUUCCAGUGUUUUUUAAACUCAAUUGGACAAUGUUUGUUGUCUUUUGAAGUACUUCCAAAACAGAGGAGUAAAUGUUCAGGAUUUUUACGAAGGAAUUGUGUGUACAUUUGAUUUUUGAUUGUUUUAUUUUGAAAACCCCUUUAACAUUGACAUUGAUUUUACUUUUGAAGAGCCCUUGCAAACAGAUUUGUCAUGAUUGCAAAUAGCAUUUUUAAAUCUUGCUAAUGAUUUGCAAAAAGUACAAACUACAGCAAUCCUUGUAAAUUAGUACAAAGAUGAGCUGAUCAUGUUCUCCCAAUGGGGAAUACCUUUGUUUUCUGGGUUGAGGAUGGUGGAUUAUGGAAAAUACGUAAAUGUGCACCGGGAUUUGGGCUUCUCUAAAUUGUGCAGUGCUCUCAGCAGACAGGUUUACCACACAAAACAACUGGCAUUGCUCCCUGCUCUUAACCACUGGACCCAUGUGUUUCUCUACAGUUGCUUUCAUUAAAUUCAGAUUGCUGGCUGAACAUCACUGUUUUUAUUGUUCUGCUGUAACCAUAAGGUUCUGGUGUGCUUAUAGAAGCCGCAGCAUCAGCGAGUGUUUAUCUUGAUGUGUGGGGGUGGAUUUGUUUUCUUUCCUGGCAGCUUCAUUUACCUCUCAUCUGGCCUUAGAACAGUAUCACUGUUCUCACUGGAUGUACUGAACUUGUGUGAUGUAAACAAUGAAGUAUGAAGGAGUAGGUUUUUUUCCCAACAUUGCAUUUAUUCAACAGAUGUUUGGUUUGUAUUUCAACAGCCACAGUUGCCAAUAUAGUUGCCUCAGGAUUCCUGUAUUGUCACAGUACUAGGGCUGUAGCAGCUUUGACUUUCCUUCUCUUUUAUACUUGGGGCCGUGUUUGAUAGUAUUGGGAGGACUGGUUAACCUGUAGUAACUGGGCGAGUGUGUCCAGUUGUGUCUCCACUGCCGUUUGCAGCACAAAAGAGCUCUUUAUGGUUCAUAUGCUUGAAUAACUAGGAUCCUGAUGCUCGCGUAUUGUUGAUAAAUUCUCAUGCUUUUAACAGUUGGACUUUGAACAAGAGUAAUUAUGGUUCACCAGGGUCAGAAAUAAUUAUUGAAGUUAGGUUUAUUUCUUCACUUCAUUCCUCCCUCCCUAGCUCCCUAGUUUCAUGGUUUUAUUUCGGCCUGUAAUGUUUCUGUCAAUUCUUGAGAAGCUCUGUCUGCUGAUGUAAAAAGGGACACUGCAGCUAAAAUCAGUUCAUGUAUGUAGUUGGAAAUUUAUAACCACAGUUGUCUGUUGUCCUUGAAAUCUGUGCCUGGACAUAAAUAUGCAUUGCACUCCUGUGUGAGCUGGCCUAAAUAGGUAGCUAAACAUUUGUCAAACACGUUUGCAACAGUUUGUCAAUAAAGUUCAAUUCUUUUGUAUAGAACUAAACUGAAUUCCCUUUUUUCCUUAGAAAUAUAAAACUCUUCUUUCUCUGCAGUACAAUAAACAUUCUCACUAUAUAAAC